GCCCACGCCCCGGGCCCCGGCGGGAAUGUUCAAAAAUGAGUACCAGGGAGGUGCAUUUGUUGAAAUCUUCAGUGCUCAGGGAAAAAACCCUGGAGCAAAAUGGAAGAUCCUUGGCAGUCCGUCUGUGAUUUGGAAAGAGUUUGAUAAAGAAGUUAAAAGUUUUGUGUUUGUUCUGGAAGGCAGCAGCCAAACAAAUAAGAUUCAGUUACCAAAGGAGAAUAAGCAAAUCCUUGGGCUGAUCCAGAGGUUUCUUGUACUUCAGAUUUACAUACCCCUGGGACAGGACUUCUCUACUGAAUUGCUAAUUACUGAUUUAGGCAACAUCAAAAGAAGACUUUAUUUAUCAACAGUCCAUAAGGAACUGUCCUCAACUCCUCUUCAUGCAAAAAUCCCACUCUUCAUGAUCAAGCGCAAAAUUUGGUGCAAUCUGUGCAUCGACUUGGCAGCGUUCACCAGUGAAAUAUUCAAGGGGGCGGUUUUCCAGUCACUGGAUGGCAUCGUCGUCUCAGCUAACUGCAAGCUACGGAAGAUCUUCACCUUAAGAUCAAAGCCUCAAGACACUGCUGAUAAAGAUGCUGUCUAUGGUGUUCCCUUUCCAGCAGAUGAACCCACAGACAUUAUCCCGCGAAGCUGCCAACUAACAACAGAUGUUCCACAUGUCACACAGCUGCUAAACAUGACGAAACUUCGCCAAACCGAAAUAAAGUUUGGAGGACACCCUCUAAGAUCCGCAGAAUCGGAUCAGUUCAUUCACAGAGGAACAAGUAGUGUACGGAACAGUAAAAGUCAAGACAUUUGUCACAUCGCCUUUGGAUCCAAAGUUCUUGGGCCACCUCCACUGCGGGGCAGAAGGAAUAACCUGAGGCUGUCCACUGAGACACUUAGAUCUGUGGGGUCCAAAAAUAGCCGAUCCUCCCAGAAGCCCACAGUGGAGAAGUGUGUUAACAGUACCGAAAUGUCAGCCUCACUGAUGUCUGAGACUGAGGGGCAGAGAGAAAAAGAAAAUACUCGCCAAGUAAAGCAGACUGUACGUGUUCAUGCCGAUCUGCCUAUUAUGCAUCCACAUCCCCCACAAGAACCUUCAGCAGAUAAGAAUAACAGAAGAAGAUUUCAGUUAAAAAGCACCAGCAGAGAAAGGACAGAGACACCCAGCGGCAGUUCUUCAGGAAAUAACAAGAACAAAGAUGAAGCCACAACUACCCUCACUACUAUGAGGCAGCGAGAAGAGACGCUGCACCACAGCGCUGCAGGACACCUAGCUCCCGACCAAGCAGUGUUACUCUCCCCAAAGACCACACCCGCUGUCACCUUCCUCCAGUCCUCCAGAAAUGGAGAUGGCCGGACCCAGAGCACUGAGCCCAUCAGCCUGUCUUACCUGACAGAUGAGUGGAUAUUCCCCGAAAAUGAUCCCAUUCUCCACUCAGCAUCUGGCAGGCAGUCUCUGCUUCCGGAUGAGGAGUCCUACGUCAGUUCACACCUGCGGCAGAACCCCAGCAAGGACAGUGAACGGGACCGACAGGCAGAGGAAACCCAGAUCGUUCCAAGGGACGUUUUCACAUUUUCAUCUAGGCCACGAUCCGCACCUCAUGGGAAGACACAGAAUAUGUCCCCAGAGGGGUGGCCGUUUAUUUUGGAUCUGAAAGAAGAUGCCAGUCUGACCAGGACAGACUCCCACUUGGAAGAUGAUUUCUAUGGCGGCGGCAGCAGUGAAGAGGAGUACAACUGGAGAAACUAUCAGCCCAGCGCAAUGAGUGAGUCUGAGUUGCAGAUGUUAGCAAGCCUUCGGCGGCAACAGCACGAGGAGCUGGAGGACCCUGGGGCUCCCCACGGCCUGAGCGCAUCCCAGGUUGACAACUGCAACGUCAGCAUAAGCAGCAGCAGCGACGACACAACCACCUGGAACUCCUGCCUACCGCCCCCUGUCAACCAGGGUCGUCACUAUCAGAAAGAAAUGAAUCCACCUUCUCCUUCUAACCCCCGGGACUGGUUAAGUGUGUUAAGCCCACCAAUUGUCCCUCCCAGUCACCAGCCGCUGGAGCAAUACCUGGACUCCUCUGGAAGCUUGAGUGCUCAAGGUGGGGGUGAAGAAGACCUGAGUGUGGAAGAGGACGAGGAAGUGCUGACGCUACUGUACGACCCAUGUCUGAACUGCUACUUUGACCCCCAGACUGGGAAAUACUACGAGUUAGUGUAACCCCUCCUUCUAUGACAGAGCAGCCACCCAGCUGGAGCAGGGCAGCAGCCCAGAUUCUAUCAAGGAGGCACCACAAGCUGUGUGGAGGGCAGGCCCGGAAACCAAACAGAACGGAGAGAGAUUAAUUCGCUUUAUAAAUAAUGUUCAGUGCUAGGAAUCCUUAUGUUCUCUUUGUAGAUGUGUGUGGUUUUGAAUCUGUGAAGGAAUUAACAGAGACAAGAUUUUAGGACUUUGAACUGAUUCUUAUUGAUGUUCAUUCUCAUGCUGCAUCUAAUUUUAUUUCAUAUUUUAUGUAAAUAAGUUAUUCACUCAAAUUUUUUGCAGUGUUAAUCUGUAAAUGAUGGCCUGAUAUACCACAGAAAGUGUAUUCUUGUUUAAAAGAUAUCUGGGAACCUUUUAUUCUAUAAUAUAUUUGUAUUAAAAAUAAAGUAUGAUGAAAAAAAAAAA